GAGCCCUAAAGCUUACCUUUAUCCUGGCAAUCCAAACAUCACUUUAAUGGACCUACCAGGAAUCGGCACACCAACUUAUCCUGAUCUGGAUAUUUAUUGCGAAAAAGUUGACCUGGAAUCGUAUGACACUUUUCUGAUUUUGACUGCUUCGAGGUUCACACAGCAUGAGUUUAAGCUGGCUGAGAAAAUCAAGUCAAUGGAAAAAUCGUACUUUUUAGUACGCACAAAAAUCGAUAUCGAUGAUAUGAACGAAAAAAGCCGCAAGAAAAAACACAAUACUGAAGAAAUGUUGAAAAAGAUCCGAAAAUACUGCCAAAAAGGUGUAGAAGGUCUCGGGAUUCUCGAAAACGACAUCUUUCUCAUUUCCAAUUUCCAUCCUUCAACAUGGGAUUUUCCUCGCAUGGUAGACGCUAUCCUUUCAAAGUUGUCUGUUCACCAGAAAGAAGCCCUGACUCUGUCGUUGAGGAUAAAGUACAAAAAGAGUGUGGAAAGAAAAGUGGAAAUUCUCAAAGGGAAAACAUGGUUAGUUACGCUUUUGUUCAUUCCAGCCCUACCACUUGAUUUGGUUUCGGCCAAUUUCUUUUCCCAUUUAAUCAAUUGCGCCGAGAUUAAAAGAAGAAUGAAAGAAUACAGGUACCAACUAAGGCUUCCAGAAGAAGAUUCAGAUGCAUUUGAAAGAAUGAAUGAAAGAUUGCAGGAUGAAAUGAAAGAAUUUUAUACUAAAGAAGAUGGAAACUUUUGGAAUAAAUAUUUUGGAUGUAUAACUAGUAUGCCGAUCCUAUCCACUGUCCAAAAGGCGAGACAGACUAACCUAUGUCUUCAUCGUAUUUUGGAUGAUAUGCAGGAAAUGGCAUUUAAAAUAUUAGAUGAUGCAGCAGCCACCGACACAGACGAGCCAAUGGAGCAGUGAAAAAUGUACUUUUUAAUGAAACGAUGGAAAAAAUUGAUUGUGGGAGAAAGGUGUAUCACACUUUUUUUUACCUCGGGCACCAGAGACACCCUACCCCCCUAUAAAAAUUUCACACAAUGAGUGUGUGAGUGAGCUGUUUGAAUACAGGCGUAAGUUAAGACCGAGAACUCACGUAAGAAAAACUGUUACUAGUAACGUGCAUGACGAUUUUUAUUUAUUUAAUAAGUUAUUUGUUUUAUAGUAUAGCAAUUAUUUAUAUUG